GUUUUGAUGUUGCAAAGACAGGUGAUGCCCGAAUUGGGUUUGUGGGUUUUCCAUCAGUGGGGAAAUCUACUCUUCUAAGUAAUCUUGCUGGUGUAUACUCUGAAGUGGCAGCAUAUGAAUUCACUACGCUAACGACUGUGCCUGGAGUCAUUAGAUACAAAGGAGCAAAGAUACAGCUACUUGAUCUCCCAGGAAUUAUUGAAGGUGCCAAGGAUGGUAAAGGCAGAGGACGGCAAGUCAUUGCAGUUGCUCGAACCUGUAAUCUCAUUCUGAUUGUUCUGGAUGUGCUGAAACCCCUUGGUCACAAGAAAAUAAUUGAGAAUGAACUGGAAGGAUUUGGAAUUCGUCUGAAUAGUAAGCCCCCCAAUAUUGGCUUUAAAAAAAAGGAUAAAGGAGGCAUUAACCUUACAGCCACAUGUCCUCAGAGUGAGCUGGAUACUGAAACAGUGAAGAGCAUCUUAGCAGAGUAUAAAAUUCACAAUGCUGAUGUCACACUGCGCAGCGAUGCCACUGCUGACGACCUAAUUGACGUUGUUGAAGGGAACAGGGUUUACAUCCCAUGCAUUUACGUCCUAAAUAAAAUUGACCAAAUUUCCAUCGAGGAACUAGAUAUUAUUUACAAAGUACCCCACUGUGUACCGAUAUCUGCUCAUCACCGCUGGAACUUUGAUGAUCUGCUGGAGAAAAUUUGGGACUACUUGAAGCUAGUACGAAUCUACACCAAACCUAAAGGGCAGCUCCCAGACUACACCUCUCCUGUGGUACUACCUUACUGCAAGACCACAGUGGAGGAUUUUUGCAUGAAGAUCCACAAAAAUCUCAUUAAAGACUUUAAAUAUGCACUGGUCUGGGGUUCCUCUGUUAAACAUAACCCUCAAAAAGUUGGUAAAGACCAUACUCUUGAAGAUGAGGAUGUUAUUCAGAUUGUGAAGAAAUAAAGUUGCUCUGACA